AUGGCGGAGCGAGAAAGCGGCGGCCUGGGCGGGGGGGCCGCGUCCCCGCCGGCCGCCUCCCCGUUUCUGGGGCUGCACAUCGCGUCGCCUCCUAAUUUCAGGCUCACCCACGACAUCAGCCUCGAGGAGUUUGAAGAUGAGGACCUCUCGGAGAUCACUGACGAGUGUGGCAUCAGCCUGCAGUGCAAAGACACCCUGUCCUUCCGGCCCCCGCGCGCCGGGCUGCUCUCUGCGGGCGGCGGCGGCAGCGCGGGGAGCCGGCUGCAGGCCGAGAUGCUGCAGAUGGAUCUGAUCGACGCCACCGGGGACACUCCCGGCGCCGAGGACGACGAGGAGGACGACGAAGAGCGCGCGGCGCGGCGUCCGGGCACGGGGCCGCCCGAGGCCGAGCCCGGUCAGGGACCGGCGCCCCGCGGCCAGGGCCAGAGCCAGGGCCCAGGCAGCGGGGACACGUACCGCCCCAAGCGGCCCACCACGCUCAACCUCUUCCCGCAGGUGCCGCGGUCUCAGGACACGCUGAAUAAUAACUCUCUCGGGAAAAAGCACAGCUGGCAGGAGCGCGUGUCCCGCUCGUCCUCACCCCUGAAGACAGGAGAGCAGACACCCCCCCAUGACCACGUCUGCCUGAGCGACGAGCGGCCCCCUCAGGGCAGCCCCGCGCCCACCAAGGACCGAGGCACCUCCACCGAGAGCCCUUGUCGCCGCAGCACUGCCACCCAGAUGGCCCCUGCCGGCGGCCCCCCCACGGCCGCCCCUGGGGGCCGGGGCCACUCCCAUCGAGAACGCAUCCACUACCAGGCUGACGUGCGGCUGGAGGCCACGGAGGAGAUCUACCUGACCCCGGUGCAGAGGCCCCCGGACCCCGCCGAGCCCAGCGCCAGCUUCCUGCCGCCAGCAGAGAGCCGCAUGUCGGUCAGCUCCGACCCGGACCCCGCCGCCUACCCCUCGACCCUGGGCCGGCCACACCCCUCCAUCAGCGAAGAGGACGAGGGCUUCGACUGCUUGUCCUCCCCGGAGCGGGCCGGGCCCCCGGCAGGAGGCUGGCGGGCGAGCCUGGGGGAGCCGCCGCCGCCGCCGCCGCGGGCCUCGCUGAGCUCGGACACCAGCGCCCUGUCCUAUGACUCGGUCAAGUACACGCUGGUGGUGGACGAGCACGCCCAGCUGGAGCUGGUGAGCCUGCGGCCGUGCUUCGGCGACUACAGCGACGAGAGCGACUCCGCCACUGUCUACGACAACUGCGCCUCGGCCUCGUCGCCCUACGAGUCGGCCAUCGGCGAGGAGUACGAGGAGGCGCCGCGGCCGCGGCCCCCGGCCUGCCUCUCGGAGGACUCCAGCCCCGAGGAGCCCGACGUCCACUUCUCCAAGAAGUUCCUGAACGUCUUUAUGAGCGGCCGCUCGCGCUCCUCCAGUGCAGAGUCUUUCGGGCUGUUCUCCUGUGUCAUCAACGGGGUGGAGCAGGAGCAGACACACCGGGCCAUAUUCAGGUUUGUGCCGCGGCACGAAGACGAGCUGGAGCUGGAGGUGGACGACCCCCUGCUGGUGGAGCUGCAGGCCGAGGACUACUGGUAUGAGGCCUACAACAUGCGCACCGGCGCCCGGGGCGUCUUCCCCGCCUACUACGCCAUCGAGGUCACCAAGGAGCCCGAGCACAUGGCAGCCCUGGCCAAAAACAGCGACUGGGUGGACCAGUUCCGGGUCAAGUUCCUGGGCUCCGUCCAGGUUCCCUACCACAAGGGCAAUGACGUCCUCUGUGCCGCUAUGCAAAAGAUCGCCACAACCCGCCGGCUCACCGUGCACUUGAACCCACCCUCCAGCUGCGUGCUAGAGAUCAGUGUGCGGGGUGUCAAGAUAGGCGUGAAGGCUGAUGACUCCCCGGAGGCCAAGGGAAAUAAAUGCAGCCACUUUUUCCAGUUAAAGAACAUCUCUUUCUGUGGAUACCAUCCAAAGAACAACAAGUACUUCGGGUUCAUCACCAAGCACCCGGCUGACCACCGGUUUGCCUGCCACGUCUUUGUGUCCGAAGAUUCCACCAAAGCCCUGGCAGAGUCCGUGGGGAGAGCCUUCCAGCAGUUCUACAAGCAGUUUGUGGAGUACACCUGCCCCACAGAGGACAUCUACCUGGAGUAGCGGCACCCCGGGCCAUGGGCGCUGCUCGCCCAGGGCCUCCUGCCACCACCGGAGGGCAGACGGGGAAGUGGGGCCUGUGGCCCGGGGUGGGGCGGGCGGGGUCCUGGGGAGCGGCAGGUGCAGUGUGCUGUAACAUAGGGGACUAGAUUCGUCCUCGGAGAGGGCAGAGAGGGCUGCCGGGGAUCGGGAGUGGGCACGGCCGGGGUGGGGCCAGGCCUCCGGCGGGAAGGAGGACCGGGGAAGGAGUGGAGGCUUGGCUGCAACCUGGCUGCCUGCCCCUAGCGGGGCUCUUGGCUCCCGCCCUGACGAAGGCGUGUCACCGGCAAGUGCCCACCCUCCCCUCUGUCCACAGUGCCCCCCGGAGGAGCCCCGAGCUCAGGCUGGGCCCAGUCACCUCCCAAGGACUUUGCAGUGUACCAGUGGCCCCAGGUGGAGGUACAGUCCCUGCCGGCAGCUCUGUGGCCCACAGAGCCUCCCGCCAGCUGCCACCUGCAGCCUCCCCGGCGGGCGGGCCCCUGGCAGGCUUAGGGAAGCUGCCCUGGGGGCCUGCCUGGCAGAGGGAGGCCUCCUGCCUGGCCCAGAGUCCCGUCUUGGUCCUGUUGCCCUGGCCACGACUAUUAAAGUGCCAUUUCCUGUC